CUCCUCCCGCGCCCCGGGCCCGGCGGCGCUGGGAGAGGAGCGGCCGCGGCGGGGCCCCAUGCGGCGGCCGGGACGGAGCUCUCCGCCGCCGGGCCCCUCCCGUAGCGACAGCAGCACUAGGAGUCGCCGAUGACCUGGACCAGCAGCAUGAGCAGCGGCUACAGCAGCCUGGAGGAGGAGGACUCCGAGGAGUACUUCUUCACCGCCCGCACCUCCUUCUUCAGGAGGCCGCCGGGCAAGACCCGCGCCGCCCCGCAAGAUGAUCAGAAGGAGACCGAACCACAUGUUUAUCUCAGUAAAGAAGAAGUUAAAGAGAAGAUACAAAGCUAUAACUCAUCUGUCACUGAUAAAUUGAAGAUGACCUUGAACUCAAAUGGGAUUUACACUGGCUUCAUCAAAGUUCAGAUGGAACUAUGCAGACCGAUCACUGUGCAGUCUUCUCCCGGCCAGGGAACGUGUGCUCACAGCAAUAACGAAACUGCUUUUUACCUGCCGAACGACUGUGUGAAUACACUUCACAUCAGCAGCACCAAUACUGUCCGUGAAGUUAUUGAGGCCUUGCUCAAAAAGUUUUUUGUUGCUGACAACCCUGCAAAGUUUGCACUUUACAAACGCUGUCACAAAGAAGACCAAGUUUAUAUAUGCAAGCUGUCCGACAGAGAACAUCCCCUCUACCUGCGUUUGGUGGCAGGCCCCAGGACAGAAAUGCUCAGUUUUGUUCUACGUGAGCACGAGACUGGAGAGGUCAUGUGGGAAGCUUUCAGCCUUCCUGAACUGCAAAACUUCUUGCGUAUACUGGACAAAGAGGAGAACGAGCAACUGCAAAUCUUAAAGAAGCGUUACGCAGCUUACAGGGACAAACUUGAAGAAGCCCUUGGUGGGGUGUGGAAACCUGGUUAAAAAGGGGGCCAAAGCACACUCAGGAAAAAUGCACACAACCAAAUGUCAGUAUAGCAUGCCAAACCCAAAGUACAAAAGAGCAGCAAAGAGUAGUUUUCUUUAUUCAGAAGGCUGUUUUGUGAUGCUAGGGUACCUGAAUUUUGCUAUAGACUUAGUUCCAUAAGCCAGGUCACUUAGCAUCUCGCACCCACAAGUGUAAGGGAUUCUGCAUGUUUGUACAUCAGUUUGCAACCCUCUGUGUGCCUAGAGAGUUUUCCAAGUAAUCUUGGUGCAAGCUGUGAAACUGUAAUCAAUUUACUAGGAUGCUAUGAAAUAAGAUUAUUUUUUUUUCUUCUUUGCUUUAAUGGUAGCUUUACAAGUAAGGAGGUGCAAAUUGAUUGGUUUAAAAAAUGAAUAAAUCUAUCUGGAAAAUAAUCAGUUGGAGCACUAUCUUUGAGAUGAAAUUGAUUUGCACUACCUUUCUGGUUUCAAAUAGUUACUGUAUAAUUUGUGAGAGAACUGUUAUAGAUGGAAGGCAUAUGGACCUUAUGUUUUGUUCUGUGAAAUUUGUGGAAGGCUUUCAGGUAGUCUUCCCAGAGAAGGUAAGGAGAAAGUUGAAGAGAGGGUUAGAGUUAGGGCAGGAAAAGUGUAAUAGCUGAUGGAGAAGGACUGGUUUUAAAUAGAAAUAGUAUUUAUACAGAGGAAAGUUAAAAUACUAAUUCUACAAGAGUAAAGUUUUAGGAUGUUGUAAUAUUGUGACUAAGUUUUAGGGCUUCUUAAUUUCGUAAAUCCACACUGGAAAAGAAAUAAAGAUGAUAGAAAAAUUGGGAAGGAAAAAGAGGCAAAAGCUGAAUAAGAAUGGAAGUGGAGCUGCACAGAGGUCACAAUUGGAGAAGCUAGUUCCAUAAAUGUGUAAUGGGGGGUUGGGAAGCGCAGCAAGGCUAACCAAGUGGCUGCUUACUUGAAUUCUGAAAUGCGGAUGUUACCUAAGGUAAAACUCUGUGAGAAAUACCCAUCCUAGUGAGUGUUUAAGAUCCAAGCUGUAACUACAGAUGCGUUUGGUCUUUGUUGUAAGUCAGAUCUUUCCUUUGGCUCAGCAGUCCAUUUUUAGGCUGGAUAAUCUUGAAUUGUCGUAUCUGAGAGACAAAAACAGCUUCAUCUGCUUCCUCAUCUGUUAAAGGCUCAGUCAGGCAAAGGAAGUAAGAGUUCCUCAUUCAUGUUUCCAGCAUAACAGAAAAUUAAAUUAUACUGACUGUGUUGGUGACCAAUCCUAGCAACUCUUGCUUUUAGUAAUUGGAAGAUUUUCUCUCUCAUAUUUUUUCAAAUCCUUAAUUGAACACCUGAUUACCAAAUUCUGUACACUGCUGAUUUACUUGAUUUAAAUGUAGGAAAAAUGUAGCAAGAAAACAUUUUACUUUAUUGUAAAUAAAAUUGUGGUUCUUUCAGAGUUAUUUAUCUAAAAAGCACGCUGGAAAGAAACCAAAGAAGUGGGAGUGCAAUAGAGGCAUAAGGCAGGUCAGGUAACCCAUAAUCCAGUCAUUACCACACCAGAGAGGAAAUGAGCUGUAUAUAAUGGAGGUGAGGUGGGGGAAGUGCUAUAGGCUGAACUGCAGAAGUUGGUGGUGAGUUGUGUUUCGUUUUGUUUGGGUGGGUUUUUUUCCUCUGUUCCUAGGAUGUUCAUUUUGAAUUCCCAAGGAAUUGUUAGAACUUUGGCGACAUCUAAUGGAUACUGUGUGAAACUCCACGAUGCUUCUGGUCAUCACCUUAAUUUGAUGUAACUGUGCCUUUGUUUCCUUUCCUUAGACUUCUUUUUUGAAACUCUUCACAGGUGUUUUUUGGUUAAAAAAAAAAAAAAAAAAAGAA